UCAGCAACAAGUUUGCGGCACGUCGUUCGUGAGAAAGGUUAUGUUACCUGUGAUAGGUGCCAAUCUUCUUCCUUAGCUGCACAGACUCCACUGGAUACCCUGCGACCGUCUUGCCGACCGAGCAGAAAAACGCGCUGUAUAGAAUCGCACUCUAACAAACCGAUAACCUGACAGACAGUGCCCGUGUAUCGAUCAGAUAUAAUUGCCAUCUAGCAAGGGAACCGAGAAAGAGUCCACCGACGCACAACGCACCCAUGAAGUUGCAGCAUUAAUGACACGGGAGGUAUAGCACUCGAUCUCCCCUGUGCGUACCGCUUGCUAGAUAUUGGUUCCCCGUUCGAACGCCUUUACUUGGACCCGUUUGAGAUCGGUGUGUUGCAAUCAGAGUGGAUGAGUGUUUCGCAAUGGACACAGAUCGGGCAACAUCUUGCACGCCACCAUUACCGGCGAUCGAACGUUUACCAGUGCAAUUGACUAAAUAUCAGCAGCACUCACCGUCGAUAGGUAGAAAUGCGCACGAUAGAAAGCAAUCACCUCCAGCAGCGAAAUCAUCCGGCAUCGAUCUGCACGACGGUGACACAGAAACGCGCAGCAGAGAGACGACGGCAAGCGAAUUUGCUGGAAACAGCUUGCAAGAUGAGAAGCGUUUGAAAAGUGCUAAGAAAUCGAGUCGCGAUUCAAGCGCAUCGAAGGAACCGCUGAAAAGCAAGCAUAGCACCGUCGAUUCGGAUUCUGCGGUGCAAACAAAAAAGAAAAUGAAAGAAAAACAAGGCUCCCACGAGCAUGACAACGGUAAGGAACGUCACAGUCGCCAUCACCAUCGGCGGAAAACGGACACCACCACUAACCACGCAUCGGAUGCACACAGUAACGAAGAAACAAACGACCUGCGUGGCGAUGAGCGAAAGAUAAAGAAGCUCAAAAAGCGAAGGUCUCGCUCUGCGGAAGGAAAUGUUGCUCGCGAGCCCAAAAAGAAACAUUCCCGCUCCAGGUCACACAGCCGUCGCUCUAGCAUUAGCCGGCAGAGGGAGGAUGCUGGCAGCAAACGGGAUCAGCGCAGUAUUAGUCAGCCGAGAGAGUCCGUACCACGAAGGGAUGAACCACGCGAACGGUUUAACCAUCAUGGGCGUGAUUUUGGGUAUAACAAUCGCCGAAACACGUUCCACAAACGGCGCUUCAUGGAUGGGAAGCGAAGAAAUGGACCGUUCCGAGCCCGGUUGUCGGGGCCAGCACGAACGGGUGGGACACUGUCGGCCAUGAAGUACACCAAGGUAAAUCCGGUGAUUAGCUGGCGGGAAUGGUUAGUGCCGGUGGAAGAGCCAAAGGAAAAAAAGGUGAAAUAUUCACCCGUCACGAAGAUACAACCGAUCACGCCGGCGAUAGCGGCUUUGCAGGAGUACGAUGAAAGUGAAGGCGAAGCGUCGUCCUCCUCGCAAAGUGCACGUGGUCAGGGCAACGUGGACCGUGAUAAGGAUCGCAAAGCGAUGGAUAUUGAUACGCCAAAAAACAUGAAAGCGUCCAAUCGCGCUUCAUCCGAGAUGGAAAAGCUAACACAAAGGAUCAAAAAGGAAAAGGUUUCAAAUGACGAGCAGGAGGAUAUGGUGCGAGACACGUUCAAGGUGGAUUGCAGCAUUGUAAAGCAGGAACCGCUGACGGAGGAAGACGAUGAGCAUAUACCGGCUCGGAAGCCGACCGUGGAGCACGAACCGGUCAGCAUCAAACCGAAGUUUAGCUGCUCCUUUCUGGAUGAUCUGUCGAGCGGGAAUCUCAUGCUGCUGCCGGACCUUUCUCCCGAUAUCGCUAAGGAGCAGGACACAUUCACGCAUGUCGAUCGAAACCGUAGGGCGGAAAGUGAAUCACCCGAUACGGAUGAUUACGCGUCGAACUGGGAAACGGAAGGACUCGGCAUGAGUCCACCGAGAAGAACACCCACUCCGCUGUUGCGUCCGGCCGUGCCGUCUCCACGUACACCAGACUGCAUCGUCAAAGAAUCCAAACCGACCGUCGAGUUGGAGCUAGCAAACGGAUCGCCUUCGCUGGGUGCCGAAGAAAAGCGCGCCCAUCUUAAACCGCGCAGUAUGCACGAGGAGAUCAUACCGUUGGACGAUUUGCUAAACAUGCAAAACCAGCUGAAAUCGUACCAAUCGAAGCUGGAGGCAAUGCAAAAGUUGAAAGUGAUGCGCAAGCGUACGGAUUCGCCGGAUGUGAACGUACCGGGACAAGCGAGUGAAAAGCUGGCGGAUGAAUACGAUAGCUUCAUGCAAUCGCUCGGACAUACGGGGUCGAGUGGCGAUCGGGACGCGAAUAAGGAAGCGAAAGGAUCCAGCACAACCAGCUCGUCCAGCACUUCGAGCAGUUCAUCGUCUGACUCCAGUUCCGAUUCUUCCAGUUCGUCCGACUCAUCAAACUCAUCAAGCUCCAGCUCGGAAUCCGAUUCCGAGGCAGAUACCGAGGAUGAGAAGCGUUCGGGUGAAGAAACGAAAUCGCAGGAACAAACCAUUGCACCGGGCAAUGACGAACCCGACGAAUCGAACACACCUCCACAUCGACCGAACCUAAUCAUACCGGACUAUCUGUUGCCGAGCGUGGCCGACCAGACGCAAGCGUCCUGCACCAAAAUUUACAGUAUUCGGGACGAUUCGGUGCCAACGGGCGCCAAACCGCUCGAGCUCGACCGCGACAUGCCGAUCAAAUUGAAGUUGCCAACAAAGAACAGAAUUUUACCGUCGUCCGGUGCAUCGGCACUGCUCGGACACGAGGACGAAGACGAUGCGAACCAGUCGAGUGCGCCCGGGCCGGCAACAGAGCAACAAUCAAGCAAACAAUCCACCCCCAAGGAGCAACGUACGAGCAAGGAGCUUGACAAACGAUCGUCGCGCGAACGAUCACACAAUCGGAAGCGAAGCUCGUCUAGAAGGCGCUCGUCCCGUGAACGAGAGCCCAAGACGGGAACUGACAGCCCGCAACGAAAAUCGCGCGAUCUCGAUAAACGUUCGUCGCGCAAGGACCGUUCGUUGCGACAUUCGUCACGCAGUCCACACCGUCAGCGAACGCGCAGUCCACGCAACCGGAAGCGUUCGCCAUCGCGCUCACGCUCACGGUCCCGUUCGCGAUCACGGUAUCGUAGCCUCAGCCCAUCGCAGCGUCGUCCACCGAGUCCACGCGGUCGCAGUCCGCUAGAAUCACGAGCAGUCCGGAAUGCGAGCCGUUCACGGCGGCGCUACUCCGUCGACCGGGAAUGGCCGUCGUCGAGACGUUCACGGUCCCCGUACAACGGCGGACACCGGCGGCCUCCAUCACCCAAAGAUGCUCCACCGAUGAUGGGACACGGUGAGAAUCAGAUCGACAUCAUCACCAGCACGGGCGUACCAUCGCCGAAUGUUCAUUCGCCGGUGACGGGCUACAAGAAAAGCCUAGCCGAUUCGACCAUUAGCGAUGCGGAAUUGGAAUGCCAAAAGCGAAAACAUCUGAUCACCGAUCCGGCGUACAGUGGUGCAGCGUAUUCAAAGUCAGGCUACGCUUAUUACGCUGCUUCCGGUGAAAUGCUGCUAGACCCGGGCAGUGAUCGAUCUGCUGGUACUGGACCUUCGUCCAAAGCGGAAGGUGGUGAUGAAUCCUCACCCAAGCGUAUCUCACUGGACGAUCGUAUAAACAAUAUUGUCCUCGGCAUGAACGGCACAAUUGAUGGGGCGCCGGGUGGAAAGCAACCUCCGCCCGGUAAGCACCACCCGCAGCAUCUUCCUCAGCAUAUGCACCAUCAGCAUCACCACGGUUAUGGUGAAUAUCCUCCCUCCCAUGACAUUUAUCAACCGCCAGCAUCCAGGCAUCAUCUGCCAGCGUCACAUAUGAACUACCCAGGGAGUUAUGGAAAUCAGGAGUACGGUGCGCCGCCGUACGGCUAUGGACCACCCCGUGGUCCAUCCGCUGCAACGGUCGGCAGUCCCUACUAUGCUGGGAGCCGUGGACCUCCACCGUCCUGGGCACCUCGGAGCCAUCCAUAUCAGGGUUAUCCGAUGGCGUUUGUUGGCCCUCCGCUUAACGCCAUCCGGCCGGGCAUGAUACCUGGCGACAUGUAUCGACCACCGUUCUGUACACCCACCAUACCGACCGUGUCGGCCGGCGCAAACACCGAUGCAAACAGUUCCAAAUCUCAGGUGAAACAAGUGGGCAAUGUGCUGGAAAUAGUUCCGUCCAGCACACCGCUUACAUCCGCCUCAAAGUCAUCCGAUGGCAGCACCGUACUGAGUGAUCCAUCCGCCACUGCGGGCACGCAGGGUUCACAGGAGACGGCCCAUCUAGCCCCGAUAGCCGAUAGCGAACAACAGCAGCAACAAACCGCCGCAUCAUCCGCGCUCGUGACACCGAAAAUUUUUACUGCCGAAGAACUGCAGCAGCGCCACGACCGUCGCCAGGAGCUGAAGAACAAAAUACGCACCGAGCGGGAGAAGAAGCGCGUCGAGAAGAAUCAACGAAAGGAACGGUUGCUGCAGGAAAUUAAGCGUCUGCUUGGACCAAAGCUGAACGCUGGCACAUCAUCCACGUCGACGGACGCAUCCGCAUCCGGUACGGGCGGUGAUUCCGUUGAUGUGGGUGCGAUUGCUGGUGGUACCGGUGGUAGUGCCUCAUCCGACGAAGAGUUCGAGACGAUUCCGCAGGCUGAUCUGAUCGCAUCGCUCAGUCGCUCGUACGAUAAAAGUAUUCUCAAAACGGCCAAACCGAACGUUACCGGAGGCGCUUCAAUUUCGACGAAAAAGACGGUUCUAUUUGCGGAUGGUGUAGCGCCCGGUGACGAAUCGUCCUCAUCCGGCGAAGAAACGAAGGAACGGUCCCCGAACAAACUGUCGACCGCGAAGCAGCGGAAAAAGAUGCGCCGUCUGCGUACGCUCAAGAUCUCCGGCAAGAAGCGACUGAUCGAUAGACUGAAACAACCGGAACUCGACGAGGAAGCGGAAGACAUUGAUCCCGAGCUAGAGAAUCUGCCGAUACCACCAGCACCGCCCGGUUCACCACCACCCGAGCUGCAGCAACCGCGCUGUCUCAAUCCUCCGGUCGUACGUAUGAUCGAUUUCCGCGAAGGUGGCUUCCACGGUAUCGGUCUUACGCUGCCGGGCAUGGUUCCGCCGGCAAUGCAUCUGCCCGGUGCAAACGGUGCUGGGGGAGUUGUGCCCGGGAUGCCACCACUGCCAGUACCACCCGUGUCAAUGCCGGUAUCGGGUCCUGUUUCGCUUCCCGCUAUGUCUGCCGGCUAUCGGCAUACAAAUCUACCGCCGCACCAUCUGUUGCCUUCGCAUCUUGGUGCACAACGGCCGGCCUCACCACACCUACACCAUCACGCCCAUGCACCGCCACCACCGCACCAUCUCUAUCAUCAUCCGCACGGUCCGGUUAUGGUGCCGCCACCGCAUCUUGCCGUGUACCCAACCGGACAACCGCUGCCAUCGUCGGCACUCAUCACGAUCAGUGCGAACAAAAAGCGACCGACCAGCGGCACUGGAAAUGGUGUGCAUCCAAUCGAAUCAAUCGUAUCGACCACACCAACACCGAUAGCGAGCACGGCCGGUGGUGGCAGUGCAAUGUACGACGGAACACCGCCGGCGUGAUCGUAACCACCACCCGCAAAGUUAAACUGUGUGCCGAAGCACAGUUGCUUCGGUGCUGGCACGCAUGUAUUUUCUUUUGCAACACACGAAAUGCGUUUUUAACUUUAACUUCAAAACACAUACACUCGUUUGUGGUAACACAUCCCGUUUUUAGUCGUGUAUGGGUUUCGUUUUAGAUACGUUUUAAUUAUGUAUAUUGUACCCCGUCACCUUUUAGUCAACCCGCAUUGCGCGCCUAGGAACUGGGCGCGAAUCGCUGAAACGGAAGCCCCAGAACCCUGGAGUAAAAAUAUAUAGUUUAAUUGGUAGAAUAAUUUAGCGCAACAUGUUUACUCCGCAAGGCAGGGACGCUGGCAAUGGUCAACGAACAACCGAACAGCCAGUAGUAUACGCCGAGAUCGAAGCGUGUUUCUGAGAAGAAAGCAAACCACAUCAUGCGCUGAGAGGUUUUUCGUUUUUCUUCUUUCCGUAUUGCUAACACACGGCACACCGUGGUUUGUCGAGUUUGCCUGUGCUGUAGAUGACGUCAAAGAAUUAGUUAAACAUGUGUACGAAUGUGGUAGAUUCAUUGCUAGUUCGAUAAGAAAUGCAGAAUACUGUAUAUA